GGUCUGGUUUAGUAUUCUGGAGAUCGCAGCUAGAGGACGUGAGGUCUGGCUGUUUCACCGGGGAGCCAGACAACAUAUGACGCCCCGCUCCAUGUGACUUUUUGUUUUACUGGAGAAAUUGCGUUUGCUCGUUUUGAUGGAAAUUGUGCAAUGUUGUUAGACAGCGACACUGUUGCCCGUCCCCUGUGUCUCCAGGCGCACACCAGUGUGGCUCAUUUAGCCGUGAUGUCAUCACGAUGAGGACUGUGGACACUGGUCUUUUACACUGGAAAACAAACCCAAAUCCAGUCACUGUACAGUCCCACUACAAUUGAUUGACAGGCAACUAGAUGUCUUAUUGGUGACCGAGAACCGAUUAGCAGGAGCACGCGCAGCACACUGUGAGGUUUCAUCUUGUUUACAAAGACGGCUUAAAACACUGCUGAGCGGAGAAGGCGAGCCUCAUGAGUCGGCCUCGUGGUUUGCAUCGACAUAAUGGAUUUAACUAAAAUGGGUAUGAUCCAGCUCCAGAACCCCAACCACCCCACUGCCCUGCUGCAGAAGGCCAACCAGAUGCGUCUGGCCGGGACUCUUUGUGACGUGGUCAUCAUGGUAGACAGCCAGGAGUUCCACGCUCACCGGACUGUGCUAGCCUGCACAAGCAAAAUGUUUGAGAUCCUCUUCCACCGUAGCAGCCAGCAUUACACCCUGGACUUUCUUUCACCAAAGACUUUUCAACAGAUUUUGGAGUAUGCUUACACUGCCACGCUCCAGGCCAAGGUGGAGGACUUAGAUGACCUUCUGUAUGCAGCAGAGAUCCUGGAGAUUGAAUACCUGGAAGAGCAAUGCCUCAAGAUCCUGGAAACCAUCCAGUCCUCGGAUGAGAAUGACGUAGAGAUCAAUGUUAAUGACGGGAGCACAGAAGAGGAUGAUGAGCGCAAAGGUCACAAUGGAGCCAAGAACUCCAAAAAACAUUCCAUGGAGAAUCCCUAUCAGUCAGGUACCCAGCAAGUCGCCAACAUGGUUGGCAUGGUGGACCAGAGUCCCUCGGUGUCUACAUCCUUCGGUGUCUCCACCCUGAGCCCCACCAAAGCUGCUGUGGACAGCCUGAUGAGCAUUGGCCAGUCUCUGCUCCAGCAGGGCUUUGGGGGUGAGCAGCUCCACGGCAACUCCCACCACCUGAUGACUGAGAUCAAGACUGAAAUGAUGCAAGUGGACAUGGGUGGCAACGGCCAUGACAGCCCUCCAAACAUGGAGUCCAGUGCUUCCAGCAACGGAGAGCGAAGUGGGGAGGACAGGAACCGAGACGGCCCAGGAACACCAACCAGGAGCAGCGUAAUCACCAGUGCACGUGAGCUACAUUACGUCCGCGAUGAUGGCAUGGGCGACCCUCAAGCUGAUGUCAGCCAGAUGGGGCUUGAAGCAAUGGCCGGAAUGGCGGAGAAACAUUUUGCCUCACUGUACUCCCUACCUGUCAAUCAUAAAUCAGAUGGCAUUAUGUCCAUGCCGGCAUCCAUGGCCUCCUCUCUCCCCAUGUCUCCAGCCCUGGCGAUGUCUAUGGACUUCAGUGCCUACGGGGGACUCCUGCCUCAGAGCUUCAUCCAGAGAGAAUUCUUCAGCAAGCUCGGGGAGCUGGCAGUGGGCAUGAAACCAGACGGCAGGAACCAGCAUGAACGAUGCAACGUUUGCGGUGCAGAACUCCCAGAUAACGAUUCUGUAGAGCAGCACAGGAAGAUGCACAGUGGGAUGAAGACCUACGGCUGUGAGCUGUGUGGAAAGAACUUCCUGGACAGCCUCCGUCUACGAAUGCAUUUGCUUUCUCAUUCAGCUGGUGAGAAGGCCAUAGUUUGUGACCAGUGUGGUGCCCAGUUCCAGACAGAGGAAUCCCUGGAGGCUCAUCGGCAGAUCCACACUGGCUCGGACAUGGCCAUAUUUUGCCUGCUUUGUGGGAAGCGUUUCCAGACCCAGACGGCACUGCAGCAGCACAUGGAAGUCCACGCCGGCGUUCGCAGCUACAUUUGCAGUGAAUGCAACCGGACUUUCCCCAGCCAUACUGCACUCAAGCGUCACCUACGCUCACACACAGCUGGAGACCAUCCAUAUGAGUGUGAGUUCUGCGGGAGCUGCUUCCGAGAUGAGAGCACGCUGAAGGGCCACAAGCGCAUCCACACCGGGGAGAAGCCCUAUGAAUGUAACGGCUGUGGGAAGAAGUUCAGCCUCAAGCACCAGCUGGAAACCCACUACCGUGUGCACACAGGUGAGAAGCCAUUCGAGUGCAAGCUGUGCCACCAGCGAUCCAGGGACUACUCGGCCAUGAUCAAGCACCUGCGCACCCACAACGGCGCCUCGCCCUACCAAUGCACCAUCUGCCUGGAUUACUGCCCCAGCCUGUCAGCCAUGCAGAAGCACAUGAAAAGCCACAAGCCCGAAGACGUCCCCCCAGACUGGCGCAUAGAGAAGACCUACCUGUACCUCUGCUAUGUCUGAGGCCGCGGUAGUGAAUGAGGAGGGGGAGGGUACGGGGGGAGGGCGGCGGCGUGGUUGAGAGGUAAGGGGAAUGUAAUUGAGGGGAUAGGAGGCUGUGGUGGAGCGUUGUCGAUUUAGGAAUGUCAACGACAAGAGAUCCGAAGGCAAGAGGGUUUGGUUUCUCUUUUUACUUUUCAUGCAAAGGCGGCGGCAACGGCGACCGACGACUUAAAAGAGUGGUAACGGUGGAACAAAAGUGCUAAGAGGAGGAAGACAUGGACAGGGAGAGAGAUUCUCCACCAUAGUUCGGAUUCACCGGGUCAUUCACUACAUCUGCAACUGUGCUAUUGUUUUAGGUCAUUUCAUGCAGCGCCAUAAAGCAAGCGGUGCUGCGAGGAAGUGACUUUUUUGGAUGCUGCUGCGAGUGAGAAAGCAGAUUCUCAAGGGCUGUCUCAACCUGCACAUACUUGCCACCGCCACUUCGGUAUUGUUUACAUUCGCCCUGAUUAGUCAUACUAGUUUGGCUCACAUGAACAAUGUGUGACUAUUGCGCAUCAGUUUAGGCCCCAACUUCAUCAUGUCAUGUGAUUCUUGAGAAACUGCUGUCUUUCAAACGCCAAAAUCCUUCCCCACAAACCUGUUUUGGUAGUUAUCAACCACCACAAAGUUAUCUUGGACAUGACUGACAUAUAAUUUCACAUUGGCAGCAUCAUCUUGUCACACAAACUAAAAUAAACAUACGUAAUCCUUUCAAUCCCUAAUGGAAAAUGUAUCUGUUUUGCAACAUUUCUGCCUGCUUAAUGCAGAAAUAUGGCAGAAAUCUGCCAGUAUAACCUGUCCGAACAUGAGACACUUCAGAUCCCAGCGGUAGCAGCGAGGUAGCCCUUGAGAAUUCGCAGCGGAGCCGGUAGGCGUACGCAGUAGACGAAACAGAUGGAGGAAUGGGAGCAGUAAAACACUGCAAACCAAGCACCUGUUUGCUUGUUCUGGGGGGUCUUUCUGGUUCUGCAUCCCUGUCAGAGGAGGGCUGGAGGACUCGCCACUGGCCUCCCGCGGUUCUCCCCAGAGGGCCAACUUGUGUCACUUUUUCAUCGUAUAUAUUUUAUUUUUUAUCUUUGCAUCGUAGUUUAUCAUGGCUUUGAUUGCACAGGUAAAACAAAUUACGACAACAGUCUCUGUUUGAUGUCUGCAAGUGAUAUAUUUUUUUUCAUUAAAUCGUAACUGGCUAUUACAAUAUACCACAUUAAACCCAGCAUAUCCACCUACUCAGCAAUAGAUAACUGGACGGCUUUUAUCCAUGUACAUUUAACCCGACGACGAUCAUUAUCUCACACUAAUGAUGAACUACACAAACUGACACAUACACAGUAACACUUUGUAACGCCACAACAGAUCUGUCCAUUCACCACAGGGAUGGAAAACAAAAUGGGGGGGGGGGGAGGCUGCUUCGCGUGGGAGUCGUGGGACUUCGACUGCUCGUUGUGAAUGUUGAAGAAGUGAAGUUGAAGACUGUUAUAUGGCAUCAAAACAUGAAUGUUAGCGACAGUGAGCCAGGUUCGCACUAGGCUGUUGUCAGAAAACAGCAGGGUAAUGCUGCCUUUCAUUGGAGGUCAGAAACCUAUAAGUCCCACCUUGUUAUUACUCAAAAUGCUUUCUACUGGUUGUGAUUUUCUCCAUCCAACAUCAAAUGCUGUUCCCCGCCCGAUAGCUCCCACAAAGUGGCAAUUUUACAAUUUGAAAUAAAUAUGCAUAUCAUUCUGAUAGACUGGACAAAAUGGGCAAAACAGAUCGCAUAUCGGGGCCAUAGGGGUACGUGAACCUCACUUUCCAACUUUAAUAUACAGCUGAAUUACUAACUGGGCAAAGCCGAAGAGGGACCCUUGGCUCCCAGGGGCCCCAGAUUCGCUGUGUAUCGGUAGAUUUUUGUUUGAUAGUAUGUACCACUGGCGAAGAAGGACCUAAAGUGCAGCAUUAUUUAGGGGAUCCUGUCCUGUAUGGAUAUUACGGAUGAAAUGGUGUUUUAAUGGUGCGCGUUCCCAAAUAUAUUUGAGCUAAUUUAAAUUAUCACUGGGGCUUUGUUGAAAGUCACAUGUAGCAUUUAUAGGCUACUACAUGUUGGAAGAAACUCCCCAAAAAAUAUCUGCUACAGCCCAAACUGAAAGGCAGAUUUUGUCGAAAUGGAGGAGGGCAUUCCCGACUUUCUGACGUCACUGAAAUGCAGCAUUAGACCCGUAUGAUUGACGCAGCCACAGGUAUUAUGGUUGAACGGAAGGCUUUAAUGAGCAUCACUGCACGUCACAGCAUUACGGGGGGGGGCAGCAAUCACAUAUCCACAUGGCCGAUGAAAAAAGCGGGAAAUCACAGAUAGGACGAGACACUGCCAAGCAGCUUUUUUGGGGCAAACAGUAAGACAACAGAAUAAAUCGGCUCUUUCUCUGUGUUUUUUGUCCCUGCGCUUCGUCUCUCUCUCUCUUGUCUCCUGUUGUUGUUGUUGUUGUUGUUGUUGUUGUUGUUGUCGUCGUCGUUGUUGAUGUCGUUGCUGUUGUUGUUGUUGUUACUAUUGAACUUGAGUUUGAUCUCAACACUUCGUACUUGAAUUACCUCGUUUUGUGACCUCAUGUUGCUUGUGUAUUUUAAUUUUCCUUUUGUUUCAUUUGUACACUUUUUUUGUGUUCACAAGUCUGUCGGAAAAAAAGAUGCAUUGCACGACACGAUGAAGCAGUGUAUACGCAGAAAAAUUAAGUGCCACGGUGAAGAGAUUUUUAUUUUUGUUUUUCUAAUGUCGUGUAUUUCUUUGUGCAUUACGUGUUACCAAACUUGGUAUUAUUAACCCCGCUUGUUAAAGAAGCCGGAAGGUUUGGUCAUUUGUUAUAAAAGCUACCUCUAAGUUGUUUUCAUUAGUUGUUUUAUUCUUCUUUUUUUUUGGCAAAAGCACAUUUUUUUGUGUUUUGCAUUAUUUCAUCAUUGCUACUUCAUCUCAUGCUUCUUUUUUGUUUUCAAAAGUGGAUUUAUGAUUGUCUGUGUUUUGUUUUUUUGGUUGUUUUUUUUUAGCAAAAUGUGUAUAAAAGCGUAAGAGAUAACAAAAGUCGAGGUUGACAGGAUUAGGAAAGUCAUUCAAAUGGAUGUUCAUUCUUCUCUUAAAGUCUCCUCCUGCACCUCCAACCACAGAAGAGCAGAGAGAACGAAACGAGAAAAAAAAAAAAGCAAUUUUGAAGCCUUAAGUGAUGAGUAGGGAUGCAGCAGAUAAGAGGAAGUACUAUUGCUUUUUAAGAGGGUUUAAAAAUAAGAAUUAAAACUUGAAAAUAUGUGAAUAGAAGUGUAGUUUUGUAAUGUGAAAAAAAAGAAAAGAAGGUUCAUCAAGAAUGCUGAACCGCCCAGGACAGGUCAUAUUUGCAGUGAUGCAGAGUGCGUUGGACAAUUGGAACUGCAAGCGGUAAUCAAAAAAGAAAAACAAGAUGGUUAAAAAUAGAGAUUCUCUCAGCUGACAAGCUCCCUUGAGAAAUGAGUGUAUUCCUGAACAAGAGCCAACAGAGGCAAUUUGAUAUAUAAAAAUUGUGAUAUUUUUGUAUUCAGUGUCAGUCCUUUUUUCCAUUUGUGGAGGGUUACAGCAGGGCACAAAUUUUUGUAUUUCUUAUUUUUUUUUUUUUUUCUUUCUUAAUUUUUUCUCUUCUUAAAUUUUUUUUUUUACCUGUUUUUUUUUCUCUCUGGGUGUGAAUCAUUUUUGCCUUGCUCCUCUUUGAUAUUGUUGGACAAAAAAAUCGUGUGUGAACAUAUUGUAAUAAUAAGUGUUGCUUUCUGGAUGUCAAUUGCAUUGUAGGUGAAGGACUAAAUCUAUCCGCCACAGUGUAUGUGACAAAGUAAAAAAAAAAUAAAAAAAAAAAUAUGGUUGAUAAAAUACGGGACGGCAGGGUGGCGCUGCCAAUUAUAACUUGUCAUUCACAAUUUUUCAAUCAAACUUGACUGUCAACAUGUCUCUGGUUUCGUUUUUGUAUUUGAAGAAGAAAAAAAAAAAGAGAAGAAGGGAUGGCAUGUCCCGUGGUGUCUUGCCAUUUUAUUCUCAAACACUGUGAGCUGAGGGUCUUUUUCACCCUCAUAUAAUAUCCACCCACUAUAAUAUACCCAGUCACGGCUCAGUCUGAACCACCACAAUGCAAGACCUGAUCAGUCACAUUAUUCCCGCCAUCGUCCUCUGAAUGUUUUCUACUUUUUCGUGCGGGUGAAAGAGUGCGUAAUUAUGUGUGUGCGUGCGUAUGUGUGUGUGUAUUAGUGGAAAAAUGCACUAAACGGAUCAGAUACAAAAUAAAAUGAUACCCUAUGCCACUUUUUUUCUCUAUGUUGGAAAAAAUAUAUAUAUAAAUAUACAUUGGCAUAGUUCUUCCCUCAGUGUUCCUCGGAUGUUUCUGUACUAUCUUUGUGCCUAAAAAUGGAACUUGUUCAACAAAAAUAUUCAUCUAUAUCUGCUUAGUUUUCCGUAUUUUCAGAAGAAAAUAAAAAUGUGUCUGCAGCACCCUAGGGAUGUCAUGACGCUCAAAAAUGACCUGAUUUUUUUAAAAUUUUGAUUAUUAUUUUUUAAUCCUGAAUAGAGCAGGGUGUGUUUUUCAAGGACUGCAAUUAAACCCCAUUAAUGCUAUUGAGAUAGCAACUGGGAUUCUGCAUUCACUUCUUUUCUUAGGCCGUACGCUGUGAUUGGCACCCAAAAGCAUUUAUUAAGCAAAGCAUAGGGAAAAUGUACUGGAAUCCAGACAGGACAGGCUGCCGAGACUUGCAAAGACUGUGGGGGACAGAAUCUGUUCCAGGAAAUUGUUUUUCUGUGAGAAAAUUAAGCCCCAAGUCCUGUUCUCCACUCAGAUUGUCUACUCUAGAUAUUUGUUUUCCUCGCUUCUUUUUUUUUUUUUUUUGUCAGCAACAGGUUUGCUGAUGAGAACUUUAUAUUGCUCUUGAAGAAUAAAAA